UUGAACAGCAAACCAAACUCAACACCUCUGAAACCAUGUGUCACCACAGCAGCUACUACGGAGGCCUGCGCUACGGCCUUGGAGGCUUCGGUGGCCUGGGCUAUGGCUAUGGCUGUGGCUGUGGCAGCUUCCGCAGACUGGGCUGUGGCUGUGGCUAUGGAGGCUAUGGAUAUGGCUCUGGCUUUGGAGGCUUUGGAGGCUUUGGAGGCUUUGGAUAUAGAUGUGGCCGUCCAUCAUGCUAUGGAAGAUAUGGAUUCUCUCACUUCUACUGAAAUCCUCCCCAGAGGAACAUUACUUCUGAGUCCAUAAGAGGAUUAAGCAAAUUUGGCAAAAAUUGAAUCAAACGAUGUUUCUUUGGACCAAAACAAUAGCAAAAAAUACUUUUUAAGAGUCUACUUUAAGAGUAUUUUUCAUCCUGUAAUUACAUGCAUCCUGAUGUCCUCUAUCUGUACUUGAAUAAAUAUAGAAUAUUUCAGCUGUCUUAAUUUGAAUGGCAUUUAUCAAUGCAUUUAUGUGUUUAAAUGCUAGCUUUAUCUUUGUUGUUCAUUUUUCUUCUUGAGUGCUUUCAAAAAGUAAUUAAAUAAAAACCCCUAAAAAUUCUAUUCCUGGGUUUAUGCAAUUAUCACAUUCAGUUUAUGAAGAUUUGUCUACAUUCCACAUUAAACAUCUAUUUUUAUUUAAG